CAACCUUCAAAGGCUCUGCAAAUUUUUAUUUUUAUUUUUAUUUUAAAUUUCUGAAUCUCUGACUAACGUUAGCGUCGAAGGGGUAAUUUAUUUAUUUUUUUCCUUUUUUGAUUUUUUUUUUCCCGCUUACUUUUUGUGCUUUCGAAAUGAUUUUCAUUUUUCCAACUUAUAGCAAGUUUUGUGCGGGUAGAGUUUGGAUAAUCCCACCCCACUACGAGAUUGCUUAAAAAAUUUGAUCUUUUGAAGGUUUCUGGGGAUUUAAACGGUUUUUGGCAUUAGUAUGAAACCCAUGCCAUGUAGCUCGGGCGAAGAAGAUGAAGAAAAAGCAUGUUUGGAAGAGAAGGGAGAGAGGAGCAUUAACUAUGAUUGGAUAAAGGAGUUGCUGGGGAUGUCCGAUGAAGAACCAGACCAGGAUGUUGUGGUUCGCGAGGUGAACAAACCUGAACUCAAGUCAAAGUCUUCGAUAUUAACGCCGGCUGUGAAAGAUGAUGAUGAAGAUGAUUGUGUUGUUCUGGAUGGUGACCCCGACAACGUUGUCACCACAGUGGAAGAGGGGACAACUGGGUCUGACGAGUUGUUUGUUGUUGGAGAGAAGGGUCAGAUUGCAUGCAGAGACUAUGCUCAUCCCCGGCAUCUUUGUGUCAAUUUUCCUUUUUCUUCCACCCCCCAUGAGAGACACUGUGACCAGUGUCACUGUUAUGUCUGUGACUCCCUUGCCCCAUGUCUGAAAUGGGGCAUUGGCCUUUCAAGUACAGAUCAUUGUCAUGCAACUGAUAAAUCUGAAAUGUGGAAAAUUCUGAGGAAAAAUCUCAAGUUGGGCAAGACUGUUUCAUUACCAGCUCCAACCAAUUAUGGUACUUUGCAUGAUUUUGGGAAUCCCCUACAUAACCAUUUUCUGCCGCAUGAUAUCAUGCAAUUAUCUCCAAAUUCCAUGUUACUGAAUCAGACAUCAAGGUCAUCUGCAACACAUACAUGCUCACCAGUAAAUCUCAUACAUCAAGAUCAGGCAUCUCAGCCAAUUAUGACGCGGACGAGCUCUUUACUAAAUUAUGGCUUACAGAAUCAGGUCUGCAGGUCAAAUACUGUCCCUGUAUGCUCCAGGGCCUCCAACUUUAUGAUCCGGCAUGGUGCAAACCAUGGUAGAUAUCAAGAGUCAGGAUAUACUUUGGUGAGAAACAGACACCGGUCUCAUUCCGCGCCAAGGCAGUUGCUAAGUGUACGUAAUCAUGCCAUCCAAAGGGUGCAAGGACGGGGAGCUAGCAGUUUAGGACCUCAUUUCCUUUAUUCUCAUAUGAUGUCCAAGGGGGUAGGCAAUGUUGGUGUUGGGAGCACACAGACAAUGAACCAUUCUACUCAUGGUGCAUCUGGUUUCAGCAAUCAUGUCAAUCCAGCACAGCAAUAUGACAGAUAUAAUGCUGCAAAAGGAUUUUCAAAUAACGGGACUUGUUAUGAACAGAAUGAUGUUUGGUUCCCCAAAAAUUUAUUAUACCCACUACCAAGUUCUGAAACAACCAGCCUGAGCAGUUUCAGCAAAUAUACUACAGCUUCUGAAGCCCAAGCAUAUUACCAAUCAAAUGAUAGCCAAAACCUUUAUGGAUCUUGCGUUCAGGGUAAUGAUGCCCCUUCAAGUUAUGUGGCUCGCCUGAAUGGAAGUCAACAUUUAAAUGAACAUCAAAUUGGAAGUCAAAAUGAAAAUGCUGGUGGAACUACAGGGCAAGAUUCUUCUUGCCAACAGAAACCUCACGAUGAGAGUCAAAGUGAAUCUGCAAGAAAGGUAGAUUUUUCAACUUUUGACUCAAGUUGGGUUGAGAAUACCGGUCAAGGCACUUCUUAUCUACAAAGUUCAGAAUCUAAAAACACACCACCUAGUGUCAUGGAGGCUGGUACACAGUUAACUGGAAGCACUAACCUCGGCUCAGUGGAUGAUAUCAAGAACUGGCUUUUUGAUGAAGAAGACUUUGUCUCAGUUGGAGUGGAUGGUGUUUUUUCAACUGAACUAAAUAUACCAUCUCCUGAUCUUAGCUCAAUUGAUACGGGCAUGUUCUAAUUUGAUUUUGAAAACUCGUGGAAUGGUCUUGCACAUGUCUAGCUUAGUAAUGUUCUCAGUGAUGAUGAGAGUCUUCAAGGUAAAUAGCCAAGAGCUCUGCUGCUAUAUAAAUGGAAGUGCUAGGAACUGGCUAUCAGUGGUUAAUUAUUCUCAUAUUCUAAU